AUGACCAUCAAAUUUGCAACCAAUGCAUUUGACGAGAAUAAUUUCUUCUAUCUCAGUGAGAAUACUUCUCUAGAGAAUUUGACCCUAGUUCAUAUUGUACAUCAUAUUUGUUCAAUUGCACUUUCAAACUUCUCGUCCGAUCAAUUCUGGUGGAUGCUUUUAUUUGAACCUUUAUCUAUGAAAGACAAGUAUUUACCAAGCAUCACCGAUGACGCCAGAAGUCAAGUCAUUAACACAAUCAAUAAUAGUGGUGGCAUUAUUAACUGGUACAGAUGCUCAAAGGGUCAUGUCUACUUUAUUGAUUUAUGUGGCCUUCCUUUGGAGCAAGCUCAAUGCCCAGAAUGUGGACUUCCAAUUGGAGGCUCUGAUCAUGUUCCUCACUAUUCCAACGAUAAGAUCAAACAUGAGGAGGAUUUGGCACCAACAGGUUAUGCUGUUUAUGAAUACUUUAAAGAAAGAGAUUUGAAAGCAACUGUUCGUUCAUUAUCACCACUUGUCUUCAGAGUGGUCAGACUGAUCAUACAUUCAUUGCUCAUCACUGGCUCCUCUCUAUUCCCAGAAAGGGAAGAGGAGUACAAGGCACUCUUCCACAAAUCAAUGGAUACAUCAUCCAUAACCAAUCUUCAUGAAUAUCUAUUGUCACAUAUUAGAAACGAUUGGAGUAUUAUUGUUGAACUAUUGGGAGAAAAUAAUGAAGAGAAGGCAAGCGUAUUAUUGUUCAAUAUUUUAGAGCUGUUCAGUUAUUCAUCAAAACAAAUGGAACUCAAGAGAAAAUCCAAUACAAAACAACCUGGAGUUGCUUCGAGAGAUUUGUCUACCAAGUCUGGAAGAAACGCAUGGGAAAAUCACUUCAAUGGUUGUGUGUCUAUGGUGGUUGAAAAUGCUACAAAGAAGUAUCAAUUAUAUUUCAAACAAUUAGACAAUUUCCAAAAGAGAAGUCAUGAUCCUGUCACUAAUGUAUUACUAUUCUCACCAGAGUCAACCUCACAGCCAAUAUUGCCUCUCACAGAUCCUAUUAGUCAGUUAUGGAAUAUUAAGGUACCGAUCACCUAUGAACAGUUUAAGCUUGCCUUUAUCAAUGACAGAGUAGAGCAGAAAUAUCCAAUUUUGAAUCUCUUUAUUCAGAAUGAGCCAAUGCUCUACGCCACAAGAUACAUUCCUCAUGUGAUCAAGUGGCAAAAAUUGAUCAUGUCCACUUUUUCUCGAAGAAUAGAUAGACACUAUGCAAGAACUCGCACCGUUCGAGACGUGUUAUCAGAAUUUAAUUCUGCAAUGGCAUUAUCUCCAGUCAUCUUACAAAUGGGUUCAGACAAGAAAGCAUCAAUUGAAAAAUUAUUUGAAGGCUGGGCUAAAGCAUUUAACCAUAGCUGGAAAUUUAUUGAUCGCUACAAGUGCUUGCCUCUUCCUAAUUGGUGUAGAAAUAUUGUCAUGACCAAGGAUACUCCACUCUCAUUUUCUAUUCCGGAUGAGACGGGUCAAGAUGAAGGCAUUUGUUCGCUUGCUGUGACACAAUUUUUAAUUGAUAAGCAUAAUGAAGUGAUUGAGAAAGUUGGAAAACUAUUCAAUAAGAACGUGGAAAACACUCCAAUUGAAAUUUCGAGCCGUUUCGUCUCCAAACAUCAUCUCAUUGUAUUUAACAUCGAAGAAGAGUUGGUAUCAGUCAUUGCAGAAUCGAAAUUAAAUGAACCAACAUUGACUUCCAACAAUACUAAUGGCGACAAGCAAAAAUCAAGUGCAAGACACAAAUUUGAUUAUGAAAGAAUUGAGCAAUUUAUUUUGACAAAAUACUUGUCAGGAAAACCAAAAAUCAAGUUAGAAUUGGAAGGGUUCUUAUUCUUAAACGAAACAAGAUACUCGACUGGUUUUGGAGAUCAAAUUGGAGGACCUGUGAGCGAACUUAAACGAAAAAUCAAGCAAGUGGAAAUUCCAACAGAUAUCAAACAAGCGAUCAUUCUAGAGAUGAGAGCCAACGAAACUAGUUUAGACAUAAUCCAAGCCUGUUUAAGACAAGUGGAAGAAUGUAUCUCUUUCUUGCAAGCUAUUUCAAGUUCUAAUAAUUUGGAAGAUGUGGAAAAGAUGUCCAUCACAGAUUAUUUACAUAAUAUUUUACUUGUUGAUCCAUCCACCACAUCCAAUCAACCAUUAUGUAAUAUUUCCAAUAUCAUGAUUCAUGUGAAGUUGUGUCACUUGUUGUCAUUAUGGCAAUUAUUAGAGAAUGAGCUUUCACCAGGAUCUACAAUUGAAUCCUCCAUCAUUUCAAACAGGUACAAGCGUGCCAUACCGUCAUCUCUUCUCAACCAUUUGAAAGAAUUCAAAGAAAAACUCUCACUUACUGAUCUUUCAAUCUUGACAUGCUCCAUCAAGGAAUUAUUACUCUCAUACUUUACCAAUGAAACGUUAGAUUCAGAGAUUCCUCUCAAGCAAAUGCUAGAAAUCACUCCUGCUGUGGAGAACAUGGCACAAGUUUCCAAACAAACAGACAAUGCUGACAGCAACAGUGGAGGUAAAAAGCUUGGAGAUUUCAAGUGGUUACAGUUACUAUCUGAUGAAUUGAAAACAGCACACUUGUUUGAGGACUUUCUUUUAACCAUAUUGACAAAGAAAAUCAGAAUUCAAUCGUUACACGUCACUUCCUCAUUGUCAUUUGAUUUUACGGCUCCUUUUGAUGUGGCCAUCUCGUAUAAUUGUAAUUGUAUUUUGAUCAAUGAUCAAGGCACACAGACUAUUGAAGUUUUUGAUUUGAAAACUCGGAAACACACAAAUUCUCUUUCUGUGGAAAACUUUUUUCCAAAUUAUUUGUGCAUUGAAGAAAAUUAUGAUGGACAUGGGCGUGAUGCAUUGUUGAUCGGUCGUGAAAAGCCAACUGUUCCAACCAUGACCUACAGUGUUUGUAAGAUAGACCUUCAUGAAUUUCUUUCGAAUGGAGAUCUUUCAAUUCCCUUCAUUUGGGAAAACAAGUUAUUUACAAGAGCACCUUUAGGAAUGUGUAUUGUGACUAAGGCACAGCGAGAGUUAGUCGUGUGUGAUCCGGGAAAUUGUUUUUUAAGAGUUUUAAAUUUAAAGACAGGAGAGUUGACCAGAAACAUUGAAAUUGGUCUUGAGCCAUGUGAUGUUUGUGUUGUAUCCGAUGAGGAGUUGGUCGUAUCAUGGGCCUACUCCAAAGCUGUUGUGAAAGUGAUAGCAAAAAAGAAUUCAGAGGCAGCAGAUCUUUACCUCUUGUGUGGAGAUCGCUCAAGAUUAGAGCACUUUGUGGAAGCUUAUUCGGUUAUUUUUGACUCACAAAAUAACCAAUUCAUUGUUUCUGAUCCAGAAUUUAACACUUCAAACUAUUCGAAAGACCCUAAAGGAAUGCUUCAACUGUUCUCACGUCAGAGAAGACCUGUUAAAGAAUAUGGAAAUUCAUCGAGCAGAGAUAGCUUACUGAAAUUCCCUAAAGGACUCUGUUUGCAUAGGGAAACACACGAACUAUUUGUGUGUGAUUUCGGUGACGCUCAUGUCCUCAUUAUUGAAUAA